AAGUCGAGAGGCCACCAUCAUGAAGCAUGGAGUGGCAUUUCGCGGGCUUUCGAGGACGUCCUCCCAUCGGAUGCUUAUGCUGCGAAACCUGGUGACUUCGCUAUUCGAGCACGAGCAGAUCAAGACAACCCUGCCGAAGGCGAAGGAGGCUGCCAGGCUUGCAGAGAAAAUGAUAACGCUGGGCAAGAAGAGCGAUCUCCCGGCCUAUCGGCGUGCAAACGCCUUCCUCCUGAAGCCCACAGUCUUGUUUAGGCUUUUCGACGUCUUCGCGAAGCGGUACGCCGAACGACCGGGAGGAUACACACGUAUCCACAAGUUUGGUCACCGGCAAGGCGACAAUGCGCCGCACGCGAUCCUCGAGUUAGUCGACAAUCCGCGGGACCUGCGGUUCGGGAUGACUGCUCGCGCUGUUGCCUUCGAAUUGCUCGGCAAGCGUGUACAGCAUGGCGGGCCGCAGGAUGUUGCGAGAUCUGGCAUCCCAAACGUGGAAGAGGUUAUCGAACGCGAGCGCGAAUUGGGGCCGGACGCGCGGGGCGACCUGCGUCCGAAAACGCGGUGGUAUUUGCAGAAGGUCCUGCGAUUCCGCAGUGAAGACGCGAUCAAUGAUAUGGCUGCCAUAGCUCAAGAUCAUGCUGACACACUGCUCGCGCAGCCGCUCGCUGAACAGAUCUCGAAGGAGAAGGCAGAGAAGAAGGAGGAGAAAGGGAGAGACGGUCCUUCAUAUCCUCGAGUGGAUGGGCUACGGCUCAAGGCAGGUCAGACAGUUCCUGGAGGAUGGGGCAGCACGCUUCGUCGAUCACAGGGUGCUCUUGCAAAAGUGCCCCUUGGUCGACCCAGGUGGUUUGAAAGCAGAAAGCUCGGUGUCGACAGAACCGACGUCUGGACCCGCCCUUCAUAGGCAUCUGUCAUAGUUUGCUUCGGCAUCUCUACUAUCUAUCUCUGUUCUCUAUAUAAGAUCAGUCCUAUUGAGAGCGAUGAAAGAUGAAUAUGAUCCCGUUCAAUCCGCG